UCGUCGCUGGAAACGGAUGGCAUCCCGAACAUACGGUGACUCCCGAAUGGGACCCUUUCGAAAUUAAAAGAAGUGUGUAAAUCACGUGUUUCGGAAAUCUCUAACGGGAACAGAACACAAGUCGGAAGAGGAAAACUACGGGAAGGAACAGAAAAUUUGGGCAGGAAUUCGGAAGAAGAUCCCUCUUCCACCUAACAUCCAAAUAUAAGCAAUUAGUCACCUUUCUCUUCUGCUACAAUGCGUCCAUCAUCAUGAAGUGGUGGCGGAAUUGCUGUUGCUGCUGCGCUUGCUGGUCUCCAGGGUCCGAGAAGGCGUCAGCACUGGACGAUGCUAGUUCGCUGAUUCAGCAUGAUCCAACCUCCUCAAGUCAGGGAUGUGAUUCUGAAGUGCAAGCAUUUUAUGUUCCUAGAAGGCACUCAUCUUUCAACACUAGUACGUACAGUACUGUUUCCACUCAACCCAACCAUUGCCAGUCGGACACUUGUUCAUCCUCGGGCGAUGAGGACAACCCCACCUGCAUCGAGCAGAGAUCUAGGUGCUGGUCAACGAUUCCAUCAACUAAUGCAACCGAUGUCGCAGCAUUAGUCUCUGAAAAAUGUUCCACAGCACCAAGGAGCAACUCUCUUUCGAACUGCAGAACCGUGAACAACCACGAGGGUGACUCGGGGGUGAUGAGCAAUCAACGAACACCUUUCUCGUUCGACAAACACCGUUUGAGUGAAAUACGGGAGACGGAAUCGGGGGAGGAACCCCAGAAGAGGGUGGACGACGAAAUAUACGGGUACCUGAUCUUCGACACCUCCUAUGAUGAGCAGGAGCAGAGGCUAACAGUAUUCUUGGAUCGAGUGACUGGACUUCCGAAGAAGUCUAUCGAACCAGAGCACCAGCAGUAUAGUACCUUUGUUCGUUUGAGCAUCACAUCUUCCAGAAAGCAUUUCCUUCUGUCCCGAACGAUUAAGAACUCGCUCAACCCAGUCUUUAAGGAGGAACACGUCUUCCACACGAACAGGUCCAAGUGGAAGAGCUUCUGGCAGACCGCUCUGAAGCUAAGUGUGUUCGACUGUGAUCGGCAAGGGCGGCACGAUGCAGUGGGCCACACCCUCUUGCCAUUAACCAAUAUCUCAGACAAGCGUAAACAACAUCGUUUACCGCUCACCCCCAUGUCCAUGCCAGUGAUGAACAUUGGUCAGCUGUUGGUCAGUCUUUUCUAUUCAGCCACUCAAAGUCGAUUGGCCAUUCAUGUGAUCAAAGCCAGAAAUUUGAGGGUCGACCCGGAAGGCCACAAGCGGAAUCUGCGACCGCUCAAUAAAGGAAAAGAAACAUUUGAUACUUUUGUAAAGGUGACUUUAAUGUGUGGUGGCCAAAAAGUGAAGACUAACCGAUCCCAAGUGGUGCCAGAAAAGUCGGAUCCUAUGUACAACCAUAAAAGUGACUUCGUAGUCCCUCCUACCUUCCUACAGGAGUCCAGCGUUGUGAUCACCGUCAUCAUAAAAGGAGUGCUAGGACGAUCACUCCCUUUGGGACGAGUCACAGCUGGACCUUAUGUCGAAUUGGCCAAUGGAACUCAGACCCAGUGGGGUCGGAUGGUCCAUGACAAUCGGUCUGUAGUGCAGUGGCGGAACCUAUAUUUAUAAAGUGCAUGUUGCUCUAAUAAUGUUCGGUGCAUUAAUAGCUUUAAAAUGUGCUUGAAAUCAUGAAUCAUUUCAGCUUAUAACGCUGUCAUUUGUUUUCAUUAUCUUAGAUAAUGUUAAUGGUUUCUUUUCGUUUUCCUCUGUUUUAAAUCCACACAUAUGAAAUAUCAACGAUUUUUUUGUACGAUAUAAGCUUUAUAUACGUUUUUAUUUCUCAACAAGAAUUUUACAUAAUUAACAUUUUCUCUCGCAUGUGCAAAUCUUACACGAUUUCCUUGAGCUGGUAUCAAGGGGCAGAAAUCCGACGAACAUUGUUUCGUGUACAGAGGAAAAUUAAUUAUUAUUGUGUAUAUAUCAUCUUACAGAGGAAUCGUGAAUUGUAAAGUAUUGUCAUUUAGUUUUAAAAUUAUGGUACUACCAAGCUUUGGAGAAAAAAAAAUCAUUUGCUAAAAGUCAUAAUCAUGUAGUAAAAAUUAUUCCAAUGAUGUAUCAUGAAUGAUGAUGCAUUAUAAAUCUGUUGUUGUAAUUACUUAUUACACAUAUUUCUAUGCACAUGAUAUAAUGACAUGAAUUUUGCAUAUGAUGUAAAAUUAUAGAAUUCUUGAUAUAGGCUAUUUCCUGAUAACUUGAUACGAUAAUUCACGCAAGUUGGUAAUUUAACCUGUACUUACGAACUAUGAAUUUUGGCUAUUGACAUUUCCAGAAAAUACAAGCAGAAUCAAUAUUCACAUAUAAUAAAUACCACAAUUUGAAAAUACUUUACUUUUUCCUUCCUUUGGUGUAAAAAAAAAGAUACAGUGUCAACGGAAUCACCUUCCUCUGCAUAUUCAAUGGCGCCGUUGCUAUACCACUGAGUAAUUUGUAAUUCAUUUGCUGCCUGAAACUAAUAUUUCUUCACGAAUUAUCUUGCGGAUAAUUUAAGUCUUCACUUCUUUUAUGUGAUUCCAAAUGUGAUGCUUAAUUUUGUUGCUAAAAAUGAAAUACCUACUUCUUUAUGCCUAAGAAUUCCAGUUUACAAACAAUUAAUAUUAAUUUUCUGUCGUCUGAAUGUUAGUUCCACGUUUCUUGCCUAAUUUGUUAUCAAUCUAUGAGACCAAUACUUUCUGUGUACAGCCGACCACCCCGCAACCGCUGAAUGAAGCAGUAUCGACAAUAAUAAGACAAAUACUCUCAUCGUUUUUAUUUUCUCAGACAAUGUUGAGAAAGGAUAAUUGAGGAUUUGCAUGCCUUCUCCAUCCCUAAUUAAAAAAAAAUUCGCAACGUUGAAACGAUCAGAGCGAUAGAGCAUUAAUCGAAAAUGUCUGCGGUUGAUUUAAAUUAUCUACUCAGUUGAUUCCACAGAAAUACAUAUUUAUUCUUGUUCAUGGUAUACAAACAUUAAUUGUGCAUAUAACCUAUAGUUAAUUCACCAAGCAAUUUGAACACUUUGGAGAUUAAGGAAGAAAUAACAAUAUGUAUGAUCUUAUAUGUUUAUUUUUAUUUUUUGUAAUAUGUUCAUUUCUAUAAAUUUCUAAAAAAUUUCUGACAUUUCUUGUCAAAAAAAUUUUAGGAAUUAAAACUCCCAGCUUCUUCUUCUGUUUCUUCUUUUUAUUUAAAAAAAAUAUUAAUAACUCAAUAAUUCUUCUAUUCAGUUAAAUACAUCUGACAACAAAUGAUCCUCUAAGAAGUAAAAUAAGUUGAAAUUAAGAUUAAUGAAUUACAUUAUUGGAAAAAUAAAUACCUGUAGAAAAUAACCUGUUUCAAUAAUUCAGAAUAUACCCUCGAAUAACAAAGAAUAUAUGAUAAAAGUUUUUUUUCUCUUUAUACCGAUUGCAAAAUAUUUUUAUGACAAUGUAAAGCACAAUUUUCAUGGGGAAAUUUUUAGAUUUUCGCAGCAUAUGGUUUUUAUAAAAAUUUGAAAAUAAAAUUUAGUGAUGUUGAAAGUAUGGUCACUGAAUUCAUGAAUAUCACAUUGUUUUGGAAAGUGUUGCAGUUCUUUUAAAAGCUUCCAGAUAAAAAUGUUUACUUUCUACGACUAGAGACUUCAGUCUUUCUAGACUCAGACAGACUAGACUUUCUACUUCUAGAUUAAAAUUCUUAUUCCAUCAUUAAUAUUAUUGUCAUAAAAAUGUAUUUAAAAAGUGUUCUUAUAAUGUAUUAUUAUGUUGCACAAGUAAUUUUAAAUCACAGAAUGCAAACAAUAGUUCUUGCAUUCAUUUAAAACAUUCAAUUUCUGUAAUUAAUUAAUGAUUAUUUUUUUUAUCUUCCAUUCAAAUGGCAUCUUUUCUUCAACCAAAGAUAUUCAAGUUAAUAGAGUUAACGAAAUUACAAAUUUGAUGAGAGUUUCCCCUUUUUGAAAGAGAUAAAUUCGAACUCGACAACGACUCGUUGUGAUACAUUAAUCAGAUGUGAUCAUGUUCUUUCAAAAACAAAGCUGUGAUUACAACAGUUUUAUGCUUUAGUAUGCUCUAUGCUUUUGAAAUACUUUUCAUAAAAAAAAAUCUGACAUUUAAGAUAAUAAAGUAUAGAAAAAGAUAUAAACAAAUUCCUGCUGCAAACAAAUUGAAAAUGGCACAGUAAUUUUUCACAAUUUGAAAGAAAAAAAACUUGCUAAAUCUUUAAUGAAUCCUAUUUUUUGCCAGCUCUAUGAGUGAAUAGUUAAUAAUUUAUAUGGCAUCAGAAUUUCAAAAUCCCUGCCGCUGUAAAAAAAAAUAUGUAUUCACAGAUUGCAAUUAUAUUUAUAAACAAUCAUUAUCAAGUUAUGUUGGUUGUAUAUCUACAAAAUAAAAUUAUCCUUAUCCUGACUUUCAUUAAAACUUUUCAUUUAUUUAAAAACAAACUCUUCCCAGAGUUUUAUGCAAUAAUCAAAAAUUUAACAAAAAUGCAUGGUGUAUUAAUGAUCAAGAUGAUUUUUUUUCUAUAUUUUAGACUCUUAUCAUAUAUGCAAAAUGAAGCGACGCUCUAUCAUAGUGAUAAUAUUGUGCAUCUCGAAAGAGAUUAUUGACAAGAAACAUAUUCUCAAGAAAAAAAUGAAACAAUUAAAGCGAAUUUCUCUUUUUAAGUAUAUUCCAAAUAUUAGUAACAUGCUUAAGAUAAUGCGAAUUAAUGAAAAUUAAAUAAAUAGAAAAGAUUAAGUUCUGCUACAAAUUUUCGAAUGAAUAUUUUCUUCUUAUCAUUCGAUGAAAAGUAUGAUAUACAAUUAUCAACGGUGCCACUUUUUAAUUCACAAAAUUAUUCCUUUUUUAUAAAAAUAAAUGUUCACUUUUUAUAGAUUCUUCGUUAUUUAUUACUAAAAAUAGUAAGGAAAGUCAUUCCUUUAUUCCUUUUCCUUUAUUUUAUGCAGUGUGUCUCAAAAUGUGAGUCAUGAUUCAAAAUGACGCUGGAAAAAAGUACCAUUUGUGUUCGUUUCAGCGUUGUUUUUUUUCUUGUUGUUGUUAUUACUGUUGUAUUUCGUUUUUGUUUUUUAUUUAUAAGAGGAAAAAGUCAUUUUGUGAUUAAAAACAUUUAAUUAAAAUUUUUCUGAAUGACUUACUCCAUUUUUAUUGUUAAAUCAUUAGUUAAAUAUGUAUAAUUCUGCAGUGUUAGAAGUACAGAAUUUUAUCGGUCCGAAAGUCAUAGAAAUCUG